AUGCGUGACCUUCACUUUGGAUCGUUGAUCCUCUCCGUCCUGAGGUUUGCCAACUUGGCAGUUGCGGCAUACUCCCCGGAACUGAAGCUGCCAUGGGGAACCUACGAAGGACGGCCGUUUGCCGAUGAUCCCACUAUCUACCUUUUCGAGAAUGUCCGCUUCGGCAGCAUCCCCGAGCGCUUCAGCGCACCACAAGCCCCGUCAUGGACAAACUCCUCCGUCCAGCCCCCUUAUCUCGGGCGUAACUGCAUCCCGGUCGACCCCAAGCGCCUCGAGAGCCCGGUCGGUGGUGAAAAACCCAUCACCGACCCGGGUGAUGCCACUGACAAGGUGGGCGAGGACUGCCUCUUUCUCGACUUGUACGUCCCCAAGCAGGUCCUGGCCAGGAGCUCCAGCGACGCACCAGCUCCCGUCGUCGUCUGGCUCUACGGAGGCGCCUUUGCAUAUGGCAGCAAGAACCAGCUUGGCCCACUGUACACGGGCCGGGCGAUCCUGUCAAGGAGCAAGUACCAGACCAUCUUCGUCGCGGGGAACUACCGGCUUGGAGCGUUCGGCUGGCUGGCAGGCGACUACAUGCAGAAGGCUGCGCAGCCGAAUGCCGGCCUCUACGACCAGGCGCUGCUCUUUGACUGGGUGCAGGAGCACAUUGGCAAGGUCAACGGGGACAAGGCCCGGAUAUCUGCCUUUGGCGAGUCGGCGGGAGCCAGCUCCAUCCUGCACCAUGUCAUCCGAGAGGACGGUAAGAAGGACCCGGUCUUCAGCAAGAUCGCCGUGCAGAGCCCUGCGUUUGAGUGGGCGUGGGACAACAGGGGCGGCGGUAAGCUGGACAAGACCUACAAGACGUUCUCUGCGCUUGCUGGCUGCGGCGAGACGUUUGACAUCGACUGCCUCAGAAAAUCGACAAAUCUCACCGUGGCAAAUCAAGCCUUGUUUGCGAAUGUCAAGCAAACAGGUCUCUUCCCCGUGGGGCCCUCAGUGGAUGGGAAAUGGGUCAAGACCAUACCAACCAUCGCCUUUUCCCAAGGUCAGAAGCUAAUUGCCCUGGGAAUACUAUCGAGGAGAAUGAGAACUAAUCAGCGUCGUCGUACAGGACAUUACUCCAAGAAAGUCAGUUCGGCCAUCAUCUCCCACACUUGGAGUGAGCAGUACAGCUUCACUCCCAAGUACGUCAACUCCGAGGAAACCUUCAACGCAUUUCUCGGCCUCUUCCUCCCCGGAGACGACCUUGCCAUCCAGAGACAGAAGAUCCGUACUCAGUACAACUGCCGAGACAAGGACUACAAAGGUAACUGGAAUAGAUGUAUAGGCGUUGUGAUCCGCGAUGCCUCCUUCACCUGCAACACCCGCGACCUCUUCUCCGCCUACUCUGGCAAAUCUUACAUGCUACGCUACGCCUUCCCUCUCAAGGAAGCCGCCGUCCACGCCAGCGACCUCAUUGCUCUCUUUGCCAACACAAAGGCCGAGGCCAAGACCUUGCUCCUCAAGAGCACGGACCAGAUCAACGAGUUUUUUGCGGGAAUCUACGCCGACCGGCUCGUGAACUCGGGCAUCUCCGAGGCAUAUCAGACGUACCUCGCGUCCUUUGCCAUCUCGGGUGACCCGAACACGCUGGGCCACCCGGGUGUUUUUGGCGUUCCGUCGCCAACCUGGCCCAAGGCUGACGGUUCGGGUGAUAAUGCCACGGAUGUCUUGUCGGUGCAGAUGCCGAGUGGUCAGGCGGCGUUCACGCUCAUCACGGACGACCAGAACACGAAGCCUGCAUGUGCCUUCUGGACGAAUCUGGCACAGGAGAUCAUUCUCGCUCAGGGAAAGAGCACAGGCGGAGUAGGACGCGAUGAGCUCUAG